GAGGCUUUCUCUUCCAAUAAAAGGGAAGCCCAGAGAGGCCCAACUGACAUAUAUUCAAAAGGGCUUUCCGUUCAGAGGUUCGUUCCCGCGGUCAAAUGAAGUGGACGCUUAACCGAAACUUCCGAUUCCUUGGCUCGCAGCUUUCCCGCCAAGAGGAAUCUCCAUCGUCCCACCUCAAUCUCAUUCAGCAGCUCCGGAACUGCAACGAUGUCCGAUCAGUAUCCUCCGUUCACUGCAGCUUCUUCAAAUCUGGGCUUUCAAAAAGCGACACUUUUGCGGCCAACCAUCUCGUCAAUGGCUACAUCAGGCUCCGAGAAAUAAGCCUUGCCCACCGCCUGUUCGAUGAAAUGCCUGAACCAAAUGUCGUCUCUUGGACCUCCCUGAUGGCUGGUUAUGUGACCUCCGGUCAAGCCGGGCUCACUCUGGGGAUGUACGUGAAGAUGUUGGAGACAUCAGUUAAGCCGAAUGACUUCACUCUUUCCACGCUGGUCAAAGCCUGUUCGAUUCUGGCAGAGCUCGAAGCCGGGAAGAAGAUCCACGCCCAUGCUGAAGUCAUGGGGUACGGAACCGACCUUGUGGUAUGCUCUUCGUUGGUUUGCAUGUAUGGGAACUGCAACGAUGUUGAUGGGGCCAGGUCGGUUUUCGAUUCCAUGGAUCACAGGAACAUUGUUACCUGGACUUCAAUGAUAGCGGCCUAUGCACAGAAUGGCAGAGGAAGUGAAGCUCUUGAAGUUUUCAGGCUUUUCAAUUCCAUGGUGAGGGUACGUGCAAACGAUUUCAUGUUGGCAAGUGUGAUCAGUGCUUGCUCGAGCUUGGGGAAGCUUGUUGCAGGGAGAGCAUCGCAUGGAGCAGUGAUUCGAGGUGGGCAUGAGGUAAACGAUGUUGUCACGAGUACACUUGUCGAUAUGUAUGGCAAAAGUGGAUGCUUUGAUUACUCAUGGAAGAUUUUCAAGAGAAUCCCUUGCCCUUCUGUGGUGGAGUACACUUCGAUCAUAGUUGGUGCUUCCAAGUAUGGACUUGGGAAGUUAUCAAUCGAACUCUUCGAAGAGAUGGUCGAGAGAGGGGUCAAGCCAAAUGAUGUCACAUUUGUUGGAGUUUUGCACGGAUGCAGCCAUUCUGGUCUUGUGGACGAAGGCCUUGGGUUUCUGAACUCCAUGCUCGAGAAGCAUGGAGUAGAACCCGAGGCAAAGCAUUAUACCUGUGUAGUGGACAUAUACUGUCGAGUGGGUCGUCUCGAUGAUGCUCACAAGCUGGCCAAGUCGAUCCACGUGGAAAACCCAACGGAGGGGGCUCUCCUUUGGGGCACCCUGCUAUCAGCCAGCAGGCUCCAUGGCCGGGUGGACAUUGCUCAGGAAGCUAGCAGGCGAUUGAUCGAGUCCAACCAACAGGUGGCAGGCGCAUACGUGACGUUGUCAAAUGCAUAUGCAUCGACAGGAGAAUGGGAGAUCGCUCAUGAUUUGAGGUCCGAGAUGAAGCAAGCUGGCGUAGUGAAGGAUCCUGGGUGCAGCUGGGUCGAGAUUCGUGAUUCCACAUUCGUGUUUCACGCAGGUGAUCUUUCGUUCGAGAGAGGGGAGGAUGUAUUGAGACUGCUGAGGGAGUUGGAAGGCAGGAUGAAGGAGAGAGGGUAUGCGGGAGGGAGUCUCGGUUUGGUCUUCUUUGAGGUGGAACAGGAGGCCAAGGAAGAGAUUGUGAGCCUCCAUAGUGAGAGGCUGGCUCUGGCCUUUGCUCUGAUUGUGAUACCUAAAGGGAUCACGAUUAGGGUUAUGAAGAACUUGAGGAUGUGCAAGGAUUGUCAUGAAGCUUUCAAGACGAUCAGUGGAAUUGUAGAGAGAGAUUUCAUUGUGCGAGAUGUCAACAGGUUUCACCAUUUUAGGGAUGGAUCUUGCAGUUGUAGGGAUUUUUGGUAAAACGAUGGAAAGAGGUCUGUCACAUUUCUCUCGCUGGUUUCUUUUCCUACACAUGAGAAGUAAUUCAUUACUAGGAGUGGAAUCAACAAGAUAGAAGGCAAGAAAGAGGUCUGUCACCGGUUUCCAUUGAGUAAAAAUGCUUUGUGAGCCAGUUUCGCAGGUCUUGCUGGGACAAACAGAACAGACCUUUACAACAUUCUGCAACUUGGAGAGUCGGACAGGCAUGAUCUCUGAGCUUGUUGCCUUGGAUGGGCUCGAGUGUGUCUUCAGGCAGGUGGAUACUAGAAACUGAUGAUCUCGGGGAGAAGUUGUUGGUCUCAAUCACAGUUUGAUUAAGCCGCCUUCGCCACCACCAUCUCCGCCCUGUAGCUUUUGCCAGAUGAAAGAGUGAUCGCCGUGAAUGGCUGACGCAACAGAAUCGACUGGUGUACGAUAGUUUCAUUGUUGUUGGCAGAGUAGUUUCAGAUACUCUGGUUGGACAAAGAUAAACACUGAUAGAUAGGGCCUCAAAUCGAAACCCGGAACGGUUUGAUGGUUAGCGUCUGUAAUAGAGAUGAUGGUUGGUU